GGGAAGGGGAAAGGAAGGGGAAGGGAAGGGGGAAGGAAGGGGGAAGGGAAACGGAAGCGAACGGAGUAGCAGCCGAGCGGGGUGAGACGAAGGCCACGCUUUGCACGAGAGGUGCAGGGAAACAGAAUCGAUGGAGGCGCGAGAGCCAUCUGGUGGCCCAACCACGGCCAGGGAGUGGACGGGUAUCACGCAAUUCCCAGUCAAGACUCAGGCGUCAUUGCACGAGCUGCUUGAAAGGCUUCGAAAAGAUAAUAGGGACUCGCUGACAAUCUUGUUAUUAGGGAAGAGUGGUGUUGGCAAGAGCUCUACGGUGAACUCUAUUUUUGGAGAGAGGGUUUGCAUUGUUAGUGCUUUCCAG